AUGGAGGAGCAACAAGCGACCAAUGUUGAUUCUGGAGUGGCAGAGUUUGGUGCAAGUGGCAGCGCACCCCCAUUGUUGCCCCAUUUACAGCAGCAACAGUUGCAACAACUUGAAACCCCAAAUGUCAAUUAUGAACAACAGGCACAGAAAUUAGAAGAUAAGGCAUUACGAUUCUUGGCAAAACAAGCACAUCCUGUUAUAGUUCCAUCGUUCGCGUCCUGGUUUGAGUUUUCCGAAGUGCAUGAAAUCGAAAAGAGAUCAAUUCCUGACUUUUUUGAUGAUUCGUCACGUUUCAAGACACCAAAGGCGUAUAAGGAUGCGAGAAAUUUCAUGAUUAAUACAUAUAGACUUUCCCCAUAUGAGUAUUUGACAAUGACUGCCGUAAGGAGAAAUAUUGCAAUGGACGUGGCAUCGAUUGUCAAAAUACAUGCGUUUUUGGAAAAAUGGGGGUUGAUAAAUUAUCAAAUCGAUCCAAGAUCGAAGCCAUCAUUGAUAGGACCAAGUUUCACAGGUCAUUUCCAAGUUAUACUGGAUACUCCUCAAGGUUUGAAACCAUUUGUUCCUUCAAAGCUUGUAGGCGAACAAGAUGAGGGCGUGACAAAGGACCAAACCGGUCAGGAGACACCAGCAGGACAGGAUGUUAAAGAGUCACCGCAACCAUCUGUGCCACCUGAGCAGGCUGUACCACAAGAGUCGCACGAAGUUGGUCAGGGAACCAAUGGCGCGGAUACCGCAAGCGCAGAAUCAAAUUCAACACAACCAAAAGAAGAGGAAUCGAACUCGUUGGAAAAUAAUAAAAAUCAAGUCCAAGACUCAGCCAAAGAGCCAAUAUUUGUAAAACCAGAACAAUUUCCUGUAAAUUUGUCUCUCAGGAAAAGUAUUUACGAUUCCACACAAGAUUUCAAUGCAUUACAGUCGCGCGAUAAAAACUCGAGGCAAAUUCGUAAAACUUUCAUUUGUCAUACAUCUGGAAAUGAAGCAGUUUCGGUGCACUACCAUAAUUUGCGUGCACGAGACGCGAACUUAUCAUCUCGUUGUUUCCAAGAAGGUCAUUUUGGCGCUAACUUUCAAUCCUCUGAUUUUAUAAGGCUUGAGAACGAAGUGCAAACUGGAAAAAGACAGUGGUCUGAUCAAGAACUUCUUCUGCUAUUAGAAGGUAUUGAAAUGUAUGAAGAUCAAUGGGAAAAAAUUGUUCAUCAUGUUGGCGGUCAAAAAACUAUAGAGGAAUGUGUCGAAAAGUUUUUGAGCUUACCAAUUGAGGAUCAAUAUAUCAAUGACAUUGUCGGGAACCUGAGAACCAAAGUCUCUACAAAGAGUAAUGAUAACCAGGGAGGCAUUGAUACUGUAUCAGCAGUAGAUGCAGCUAUAAAAGCCUUAUUAAAUGGACUUCACAAGGAAGUGCUCGAUGAAAGUAUCCCUGAGUCCUCAAGAAAAAUUUCUGAUAAAUACUUGCAGGAGACCCAAGUUGUAACGCAAGAACUAGUCAAUUUGACCUCGAGAAAGAUGGAUUUAAAGUUUGAAAAGUUGGAUAAAUUGGAAAUUGCCUUACAAAAUGAAAAGAGUAAAUACGUGGAGGAAUCGGAGAAGCUGCUUAACGAUAGAAUAUCGUUGAGUAAGCAGGUCAAUGAAAUAAAUGCAGAUCUUUCAAAUUUGAACAUAUCUAAAAAACUGGUUCUAGUCUCCGAACAGGUUGAUUCCGGUAUAAAAUUAGUUGAAGAGGAAGAAAGAGAAGAAAAGAAAAAAGAUCAACUACAGAAGAAAUCAGAUCAAGAGGUGGAGGCACUGUCGCACACUGAACCUCAGAUGUAUAAACCUUGGUCGCUGUAA